GGUGAAUCGGCCAACCAUGGAUCAGACCGAGUCAUUUGAUAACACUCCUCAGCCUGCUGCUUCCCUCCCUGACUGGAUGUCAGACUUACCUGACCAUCUUUCCGUUUCCAGAAUAUCUAUCCCUGGUACCCAUGACACCAUGAGCCUUUUUGGUGGCUCAAAGAUGUGCUGCCAAAGCUGGCCCCUUGAGGCUCAGCUAGAGGCUGGCAUACGCUUCCUGGAUAUCCGCUGUAAACUAGAAGACGGCCAUUUCCUUAUUUAUCAUGUUAAUACUUACCAAGAGGCUGACUUUUCCACUGUCCUCAAAGUUACCUUGAGCUUCCUGAAGCAGCACCCUCGGGAAACGGUACUCAUGCGAGUCAAAGAGGAACUCCCCAUUAUUCCAGAUGCAGAUUUUGGGCCCCGUUUGCGAAGUUACUUGGAUGAAGAAGGCCAAGGCCAAGUUUGGACGAAAGAAGCCAUUCCCACCUUGGGCGAGGCCCGAGGGAAGAUUGUCAUCUUGGAGGAACUGGAGAAUGAGAUCCUAGGGGUGCCCUAUGAGACACUGAGUGUUGGCGACUCCUGGCACGUUCUCUCGUCGGACUCCAAGUGGGAUCAAGUUUUGGAGCACCUGGACUUGGCUGACACUGCUAGCCAUGCCACUCUGCACCUCACCUUUUGUUCAGGCAAUGGGCUCUUCACCAACCCUGAGGAACUGGCCCAAGACAUCAACCAACGCUGUUAUGAACAUCUGAGUGCCCAGGCUGGGAAAGCGGGGCGGUGGGGUGUGGUGAUCAUGGACUUUCCUGGGGCAGGACUGAUCAAAACGAUUGUGGAGAGUAACCUGGAAACAAGGAACGAUGACACAACCGCUCGGGGUUUAUGAUGAAACCAUGAACCACAGGAGAGGAGGUUCUGCAGAAGA